AUGCUGCCUCUCCUCCGCACCACCCUACUGAUCGUUCUGGCUCAAAAGUUUUUCUGCAGGGCGCAGGGCAAUGCGCAGCUGCCAGCGGCCCGGGGCGGCGGCGCGGGCGUGUCGGCGGCGGAGCGCAGACAGUUCUGCACCUGGCCCUGCAAGUGUCGCUCUCGGCCGCAGUGCGCCCCCGGCGUCAGCCUCGUCCUGGACGGCUGCGGAUGCUGCAAGACCUGCGCCCGGCAGAUCGGGGAGGGCUGCAACGAGCGGGACGUCUGCGACCCCCACAAGGGCAUGUACUGCGACUACUCUGCCGACCGGCCCCGCUUCGAGGUCGGGGUCUGCGCAUACAUGAUGGCGGUGGGGUGCGAGCUGAACGGGGCCUUCUACGAUAACGGCCAGGCCUUCCAGCCCAGCCCCCUGUACAAGUGCACCUGCAUCGCCGGCGCCAUCGGCUGCACGCCGGCCUUCGUGCAGAAACCCGCCGGGCUGCUGGGCCCCGCCCCUCUCCGGGCGGGGCCCCCGGGGGCCUUCCCGAGCACCAGGGAUAGCGGGAAGCACCAGCAGGACACCACCUACAGAGCCAUGCCAGCUUACAGGGAUCGUCCUUUAGCCUGGAAGAAGAACUGCCUGGUGCAGAGCACGCCCUGGAGCCCCUGCUCUCGGACCUGCGGCCUGGGCAUCUCCGUCCGCGUCAACAACGACAACAGCAAGUGUGAGAUGCGGAAGGACCGCCGGCUCUGUCUCCUCAGGCCCUGCGAGAAGAGCGUGCUGAAGAGCGUCAAGAUCCCGAAGGGGAAGACCUGCCGGCCGAAGUUCCAGGCGAAGAAGGCGGAGAAGCUGGUGCUGUCGGGCUGCUCCAGCACCCGCGGCUUCCGGCCGACGUACUGCGGCGUCUGCAGCGACAAGCGCUGCUGCGUGCCCAACAAGUCGCGCACGGUGACGGCGGAGUUCAACUGCGCGGCCGGCGGCACCGUGCGCUGGAAGCUGCAGUGGAUCACCUCCUGCGUGUGUCAGAAAAAAUGCAACGACCCGGGGGACAUGUUCGCCGAGCUCCGCUUCCUCUAG